AUCCUUUCGCCUUCGCCCGCCCAUCGCCAACCAUCCAAACCGCUCCUGUCAUCCCUGCCCACGUCCCCUCGAGCCGCCGUGCCCUCGCCAAACGGGUCGUCCGUCGCCGCCGCGCAAGCCCGCAAGCCGACACACACUCGCACAGGUUUGGCGCUUACCGCCCACAACCUUGGUGGUGCCGCCCUGUCGUGUCCUGCUCGACGGCCAGCGCCGUCUCGAGGCAUCCCGACCGAAAUAAUACACAUCUGGCCGUUUGUUUGGCCGGAACCUGACCCUCGAGGCUCGUCCCGAGCGAUACCGCCGUCGCUCUGGUGAGGCGGGCGUUCUGGCCCAGUCCCCGGCCUGUGGUCCACCCACACAAAACCCGCAGCGCACAGCGCCGCACCACCAUCCUCAUCGCCGCCACGACGGCUGCUUCUGGGCCUGGUCUUCGUCCGCCCACAACCCCUCUCGAUCACUCCGGCAGACUUCGCCCCGGCGACGUCAAUAGCCAUAUCUAUCCAGUCGUCAUGGCCUCCAUGUCGCCGAUAGACACCGCCGCCGCCGCCGCCGCCGCCGCCAUGUCGGCGCCCUCGUCUCAGGGCGACAGCAUCUCGCCUCGCCAGGCGGCGCCGCCCAAGAAUGUCGCAUUCGAGCUCAUGUUCUCCAACUCGCCCCAGUACCGCGCGCGCCUGCCCAUGCGUGUGCAAAUCUUCCCCCAUGACACCACCGAUUCCAUUGUCACCACGGUCAAGAAUUUCUAUGGCCUCUACUCAAGUCCGACGAGCUCCAAGGGCGUAAGCUUCGAGGACGACAUGGGCAACACCCUCAUCGCGCGCUACGAGAACUUUCACGACCACAUGGUUGUCUACGUCCGUGUCAUCGACGAGGGCCCCUCGGUCUUUGCGCCCCAUCCCUUCCAUCACCCUUCGACCAUUGCCCCCGAGUCCUACUACGGCGAGGCCUACCACACCCAGCCCCAGCAUCGCGCCGAGCAGCACGUCGCCCAGCCCGGCUCGCCAACGUCGCGCCUCCGCAGUCCAUCUCCCAGUGCCCUUCGUGGCCGGAGGAGCGAGUCGGUCAGCACCACGGGCAAGAAGGGCCGCUCCCGCUCCGUCAAGAGCCGCCGGCCCACCACCCACAGCCACGCCGAUGCCUAUAGCGACAGCAUGAACGGCUACAGCAGUGGCGAUGGUGCCCCCAGCUCCACGUCUGGCAAGACCAAGGAGCAACUUGGUAACACCGACAUCAGCGUCGAGAACAUUGUUGAAGGCGGCCGUCGCAAGAGGGCGAAGUUUGAGAGCUCGGAAUUGCCACUCUUCGCGCCUCCUCAGAUGCCCGCCGCGACAUCCAACCCGUCUGUCUCGCCGGCUCGCCGUAUUGAGCACCACCGCCCGUCGAUGCCGUUUGUGCACCCUGGCCAGAACCCCUUCCAGAACCCCCGGCCGAUGCAAUCUCCGCAAAACUACCACAGUGGCCUAGCCCACUCCAAUAUGUAUGCCACGCCUGCCUCCCACGGCCACCGCUCCCGCAACAGCAUUGGCUAUGCCAGCAAUGGUAGCGGUGUCGGCUCCGGCAUGGGCGUGCUUCCGACGCCCGACCCGACCGUCGGGAGCUGCAUGUCGGAGGAGGACAAGGACGUCGCUCUGCAGCUGAUGCGACUCGGCGAGUCGUCCGUCUCGCACGGUCGGACCUCGGCGUCUACCCUCGACGAUACCUUCAGCGGCCGCGCCGAUGCCGCCUCAUCCACUGGCGCCACUAGCGACGGCGAGAGCGAGAGCGACGGCGACCUGCCUGCUGCUCGCCGCCAGAAGCUGGACGCCGCCGGCGGUGUCAAGCGGAUAUAUCCGACCACUGAAGCGCACUUCAUCCCGACCACCGAGGGCGGCAACGUUGGCGGCAGCGAUGCCGACUACGACAACAGCGCACAUGCUCUCGCCGAGGGCAUGGGCGCCGCGGCCAACGGCAUUGUCAAGAAGCCGUCGUCUACCAAGCCCAAGUCCUCCUCCGUCGCGGCUCCCAAGGUGCCGUCGCAGAAGCAGCCAAAGGCCCCCAAGCCCCCUGGCAUCAAGACCAAAAAGCUGCCCACCACGCCGGCCACCGGCCCCAUGUCUCCCGUCUCUACCACCCACUCGCGCAAGCAGUCGGUCGCUUCGGUCGGCCACACCGGCCAGCCCGGAGAAGAUGACCAGCCUGACCUAUCCACCAAACCCCGCUGCCAGCGAUGCCGCAAGAGCAAAAAGGGGUGCGACCGCCAGCGCCCGUGUGGUCGCUGCCGCGACGCCGGUCUCUCGGCGGACCAGUGCAUCAGCGAGGACGAGGGUAACGGCCGCAAGGGCCGCUACGGCCGCCACAUGGGCGUCCCCAUCAAAAAGGAAGAGGGCGCCAUGGUGAUGCCUCAGCCAGCCUUGCUUCCCGCCGCCCCCAUCAUCACCACCGCCUUGACGAAUACGGACAAGAACAAGAAGCGCAAGCGGUAGCCGUAUGCGCGGCACUCGUCUCGGGCGUUGACACGCAAAUGUCUGAUUUGUCCUUGCUAGCCCGCAGCGGUGUCUCUAUGGCGUUUUAUGGGCAGGCUUCGCAAUACACGGAAAAGCGCUGCGCCUACAUAAACGGUCAAGGCGGGCGCCUUCAAAACUUGACCCCCACACAUAUGGAGAGGGUUCCGCCUCUCGUGUCGUUUCCGGGAUGGGCUUUCUCAUGACUCUUUUAGGCGGUUUGUAAUUAUGCAGGUCUGCGCAAGACCAUUCACGUUCCCUUUCAACACCGGCGUUGCGAAGAAGAGGGCAGGCGCAGUCCAACAACAAACAACAACAACAAUGAUCGUUGGUUUCAUGUCGUUGUAUUUCUUUUUUCUUUUUACCCCGUCUGGAUGGCGGGCUGCCCUGCACGAAACGGGGUUUGGCCGGCAAGGGCGCCUCCGUUGGGCAGGGGAUCGCAUCCCCUCCGCGCAAUGGACGAGCCACAGGGACCUUGCCGCGGGUGAGGAUUGCGAACGAGGACAGAAAUCCCAGGAAGGGACGGACGGGAGAAGCCUUGGAAAAGUCUCUUUCCGAAUGAAUCUCGGGAGGGGAAGGGUUGGCCGCCACGAGGCUAUGUUGCCCGUGGCGUGCGAUGGGCCUUGUAGGAUGGACGGGUUGGGACGGAUUCAUGUUGUCUGUUGCGAGGGCAGGCGGGUUCUUUUGCGGAUAGGUGCCUGUACGCGUUUCCACAGCCGCCUUCCCCGCGGAGUUUGUCACGGCGAAAACGGGCAAGGGGAGGGAGAGGCGGCUUGGUGAAGGUGACACACUACGGCAGAAAUGGUGCGGGCGGGCGGCGAUGGUGGCGGCGGGAGAAACGGGGCGGCUUGUCCUAUUUUGAGUCUUUUUCUCUUGUUUUUUGUCCUGUCUGUUGCCGGUCGAUUUUUCCUUGACGUCUUGGUCGGUACCUAGUUGGCCGUGGAGCCAUCAAUGCUACGUGUGAUUUUUCUUCA